GUCUUAUGAACCACCGGAAAUAGCAGGCCACACGCAAACCUCUUCUUGGCCUCUUGCCAUUGAAACUCUGUGUAACAAGCACCGUACUAGUACUAGUAGUAGUGGAAGUUAGUUUUUAUUGUCUUGACUCGAGAGCCAUCCUCCAGCUUUGGCAUAAGGUACAACGAGCAAGUCCAGUUCGACAUCAACAAGAUAACACGCAACGCAUCAAGUUUGCUUUUCUUGCUCCAUUCUUUUGUUGCAGUCGCAGUUCUCGUCAUUAGCGUUGGGGUUGUUCUCGGUAUCCCACUUUCCACGUUCUGCCAAACACAGCCAUGGAUUCCACUACUGUUCCAAUGGUACUUACCGGUAGUGCCAAAGAUGAGGAGGGGAAGGGAAAAAACGUCCCUGUGCAGGUGGGACCUGACUUGAAUCCAUCCAAGGCCCCCCUAGACAAGAAAGUGUACCGACAGAUCUUGCUGCCCAACGGUCUGCGGGCUGUUUUGGUGUCCGACGUGGCGGCCAUGAAUCAGAUUCAAAGCGAGGGAGUCAUGGUGUUGGAUCCCGAGGACGACGACGAGGAAGAAGAAGACGAAGAUGGGGAAGACAUGAAGACUCCGGAGAGUGAUGACGAAGAUGACGAAGACGAAGGCGGUGCGUCCUGGUUACGAGAUGCUGCCGCAGCCUUGACGGUAGGCGUGGGCAGCUUCUCUGAUCCACCCGACUGCCUAGGGUUGGCGCAUUUUCUAGAGCACCUUCUUUUCAUGGGAAGUGAAAAGUAUCCCGUGGAAAAUGACUACGACGUUUACAUGUCCAAGCACGGAGGCAGUGACAACGCCUACACGGAGAGUGAAAACACCACCUAUUACUUUUCCAUUCCACAAGAAUACUUGAUGGGAGCCUUGGACCGAUUGGCGCAGUUCUUCAUUGCACCUCUUCUGCUCAAGAGUGGAGUAGAUCGUGAGCUCAAGGCCAUUGAAUCCGAGUAUCAACUGAACAAGCAGAGUGAUCACGUCAGGUUGCAGCAACUAUGGGGCGCCACCUGUGACAACCCCAAGCACCCAUUCUCACAAUUCCAAUGGGGAAACAUCAAAUCAUUAAAAGAAAUCCCAGAGCGCGAGAAUGUCGAUCCUCUCGUCAGGUUGAGAGAGUUUUACGACGAGCAUUACUACGCGUCAAAUAUGCGCCUUGUCGUGGUUGGUGCGUACUCGUUGGACCAGUUGGAAGACAUGGUGAUCAAGUGUUAUAAGGAUGUUCCUGCUCUUCCCCGCAAGAAGCAGAACGGAGGAAAGUCACCAGCUCCCUCUUGGGAGUCGUCAAGUCACUCUCCCAUUCAAAAGCUCGGAGGUCCCUUUGCCGCGUCAUCAUUCAGAAUGUAUCGGAUCAUUCCUGUGAAAGACAGACACAACCUCUCCAUUACGUGGCAACUACCGCCGCAACUUGGUCAUUGGAAGACCAAACCUUGUGAUUACAUCGCACAUCUGCUCGGGCACGAGGCUGAAGGAAGCCUCUUGUCCUCGCUCAAAAAGAAAUCAUGGGUCACUACCUGUGUAGCAGGAGCUGGACAUGAUGGAAUGGAAAAUGCUUCGUCGCAUACGUUGUUUACUAUGACAUUCACACUGUCCAUUGAGGGAGUCGACCACUGGCCUGCCAUUAUUGCAGAACUCUAUACCUAUAUUGGAAUGCUUCGCAGCUAUGGAACCACGUUGCCCGAAUGGAUCUAUUCGGAGCUUCACUCGCUACAUGAGUUUGCGUAUCGAUACGCGGAUGAACCGAGUCCCGAGGAUUUAGUGGAGGGUCUUGUGGAAGAUUUUGCUCCACAUCUCAAUCUACCGAGUGAGCGGCUUCUGGAUGGAAGCCACCUCUUGUUCCAUUAUGAUCCCCAAGAAAUUCAGGAUCUGCUGGUUUUGUUCAAUCCAGAGAAUGCCAGAGUUGAUUUCUUUUCUUCAACCUUUGGUAGGGCUUCUGACUUCGAAGAGACGAAAACGGACAGUGAACCCUUUGAUGUUUUGGAAGCUAGUGUGAAAUUUAACCGCGAAGCUGUUGGGUCUCCGAAACAGGAACCUUGGUUUGGUACUUACUAUUGGGUGCAGGACAUUGACCCAGAAUUGGUCACAAAGUGGAAGGAUUUGUCGUGUCCUCAAAAGCCACCGCAAGAUUCCAUGCUUAGCCUUCCUCCCAAGAACCCAUACGUGCCAUCUAAUUUUGACAUCAAGCCAACUCCACCAGAUGAUUGCGAUCACCCUUUGCUAAACUGCUCUUUGAAGUUUUGUAUUCCGGUCGGGAAACAAAAGCAAUGGCUGCCAGGAACUGUCACGAAGUUUAAUAGUCUCAAGAAUGAGAUCCUGGUUUCGUAUGAGGACGAAGAUGAAAAAUGGCAUAAACUUGACUGUCAAGCUGCAGACCUAUCCCGAACGUGCGGCCACGAAGGGACUCUCGACAAAAAGAAAAUCAAGUUCAAGGUUGUUGCGGUGCCAAAGGAUGGCGAAGGCGCAGUGCGCAAGUUCGGAGAUGAGAGCGACGAGAACGUGUUAGAAGGAACUCAAUUUCCAGCUAUCCCUCCAGCCAAGGUAGAGUCUCAUCUGCCUCAGUUGGUUCGAAGUAGCCAGAAAUUGAAGCUUUGGCACAUGCAGGAUCGCACGUUUCUGCGACCAAUAGCGGAACUUCGGGUAGCUGUAUUCUCGAACCUUGUAAACGAGAGUCCUCUACAUCGCGCCUGUGCCGAGCUUGUGGUUCAGCUUUGCUACGAUGUGUUGACAGAGACGGUGUACAUGGCAACAUUGUGCGAUCUCCAUAGCACUAUCGAGAGUUCGGAGAAUGGUUUUGGUUUCAGAGUCAAUGGGUUUGACGACAAGUUGCUGUCUCUCUUUGAGGUUGUUUUCCGCAGAUUGAUGAGCUUCCGCGGUCGGACGGCCCAAGAUGGCCUUCCCGAUGGAAUUGAAGACGCGCGCUUCAGCGUUGCAAUGGAAAUGCUGCAACGGAAAUAUCAAAACUCGGCGAUGGAAGCGUUGUCGAUGGCUUCUGGGGUGCGAGUUCGUUGCAUUUGCCCUGGGACUUGGUCUUCGGCACAAAAGUCCGCCACUGUGGCAACGCUUGAGCUUCCGACUUUUGUUGAAAUUGCCUCUUCCCUGUUGGAAAACAUCAGCGUUCAAAGCUUCUUCCAUGGUAACGUUGACGUUGCUGGAGCCAACGCCGCCGCGGAUUUGAUUGAGGAUAUGCUGACAUCGUCGGGUAGCGGUGUGCUGCCCAAGAAGAAGUAUUACUACGAAUUCGUAGCCAAGAUCCCACCAAGCAACGAGCCUGUGAUUGCCACGGUCCCCUCAAAGGAUUUGGAAUCAGGAAACACGGCUGUCGAAUACUAUUUCCAAAUCGGCAAGGAUGAUAUCAAUGACCGAGUUAUCAUCGAUAUGCUGGUCCACCUGAUGGAAGAACCCCUCUACAAUCAGCUCCGAACCAAGGAACAGUAUGGCUACCGUGUUUCUUGUGACUCUAGGUGGACUGUGGGAAUAAUGGGUUUGAAGUUUGUGGUUGUAACGGCAACCCAUAGUGCAGCUGACGCAACUGAUCGAAUUAACAAGUUCCUUGUGGAUUUCCGCCAAGAUUUGGAGAAAAUGACGAACGAAGAAUACAUGGCCAAUCUUGUGUCCUUGGCCAAGGACAAACUCGACAUGUUCAACUCUCUGGCUGAAGAAACAUCCAGCUUUUGGGCCGAGAUCCGUGACGGUCGCUUCGAUUGGGAAGUUAACAGGAACGAAGCACUUGCCCUGCGUGGUCUCGAAAAGUCGACCGUAUUGGAUGCAUUCGACAAGUGGCUCAACCCAAACACGAAGCGUCGUAUGCUGGUGGUUCAAGCCAUCUGUGCUCCCCAGAAUGGCACUGAAAGCGAGGCUUCUCGAGGGCGUCCUAGUGUGGACCCAUCCGAAGUGUCCAGUUUCGUUGAUGCACGCGUAAAGGACUUUCACCAGCUUUGCAAGCAACAAACUUGGGGAAAGGUCUACGCCUAAGCAACAGCAGCAGCCUGGUCCACGCGUACUGGAAUAAGUAGAAACAACCUGGAGCUGUCCGCGUGCAGUUAGGCCUUGGAACGGGCCGGUUCCCCAAUAUGCUAUCUAGCUAGAAGCAGCAGUUUAAAUAGAGGCAUAGGCAGAAGCUUCAUCUGUUU